UCUACUUUAUCGAUUUUCCGCAGUCAAACACUUUUUGACAACUAUAGUUUUAAUGUUUUAUUGUGUAUGCAAAAAGCCUCGAAAACAAUUGUUUUAGGUGAAACCGGAACAAGCGUGCUGUGUGGCAGUAAUGGCCAACGUAACGGUGUUGUUCGAGUACGAGGAACCGGAAUACUGCCGGUUGUGUUUAUCCGAACCGAGCGACGACAAUGAAUUAACGAAAAUUGGCCAGAGUCGCAUCUGCGGAGAGGACGGUGCCAUUCCUGUGAUUGAAUCAUUACUGCUAAUCAAGCUGGACCCUAGAACCGAUUCCAACUCGCUAAUUUGCUCUACAUGUUUGGAAAGUCUGGAAGAGUUUCAUCGCUACAGCAUUCGAUGCCGUGCGAAUAAUGUAAAGCUACAGAAGAGAACCCACGAGCGAAAUCAGCGGCAGAUUGCACUGGCGAAAAAUGCCAUCGAUCACACUAACGUGCUCGAUGAAGUCAACGAAGGAGAUCCCAUCAAGGUGAUUAUACGGAUGAAUGCCGCUGGUAAAUCGUCCAUUCGAGUAGAGAUUCAUAAGGGCCCGCAGCAAGGUGAAAUCAAGCGUGAGAUAUUGAGUCCAGCUGCAAAGCAGCCCCAGAAAACUGACGAUCGCAAGGAAGCGAUCUCAACCAAGUCGUCUCGAAACAAAGCCGGAUCCGGCAAACUAGUGAUGUUACCCGCAGCGCAAUUCUAUUUUUAUCAUGCAACCAACGACAGUUACGGAUUUAUCUACGGUGGUUACCGGUAUCAAAACUCCGUUUCGCGAAAAAAGCGAACUUAUUGGGUUUGCGAGCAGCGCAAAAGUCACGACUGUUCUACGCUGCUAGUAACGGACAAGAAAUAUACGCUCUUUUUCGUCAACGUUGGUCACAACCACGAUCCGCCUGCACUGCGGGACAACCUCAUCAUAUACAAACCGGCAAGUGUGCUGUCCGAAGUAAUACAACACGAACAAAUUCGAGAGCAAGAAUUGACGACACGCAAAGCUAAACAACUGGAGACGCAAGUUAAACAGGAAUCCUCCGAUUCUGAAGACGAGGACACAUGCGAUGAGAUAUUUGAAAUAUCUGACUCGGAUGAUUUCGACAUUCUUACGGAGGCAGCAAUUAAAGUAGACUCAGAUGAAGACGAAAAGCCCAAGGCGUCCACGUCAUCGCUAACAAAAAUUCGGGUUGACGCGGGUGAAUCCAUGUAUGUUAUUGAAGAACUUGCUUAAAUAGCGCAUAAAUGCGCAUCUAUGAAAUAUUCAAUAAACGAAGGCGCUUGCCAGGAAACGUA